ACAACCUCCGCUAUCCGAGCACAACGCCAACCAUUUCUUGACAUAGACAACCUAACUGCCAGCUCGAAUGCGACACCGAAACUAUACCCCUGGCUACCGACUGCAUCAAUACAGCUGCCCGGGGUAAUCUUCGGGCAAACAUGCACGAUGCUACUGCAGAAGCUCGCGCCAUCAUCGAUGCCUUCCACAACAAUGUAGCUGAAACCGAAAGGCAACAGCGUGAGCUGGAGACCCAGGAGAGUGACCAGCACUUCCACGACAUGUACAGUCCAUGCAACCCAUCAUCGACGUUCCAUGAUCUCCAAUGUGGCCACCGAAUUCAGACGGAGUAUACUGCAAGCUGUGGUGUGACCUGUGCACGGCCCAAGCAAGGCAAACCGUUCGCCUGCCCGGCUUGCCUGAUCGAUGUAGUGCGUGCGGAAGUAGCUCUCGACAGUCUCACUCUUGGCUCCAGUGAUGACGCCGCCAUGGACGAUACCGGGCUAGUUCAAGAGGACAGGAUACAAUACUUCGCAGACAAGUACGUCGCGGCAAUGCUGAAGAAGGGGUAUCGCGGGUGUAAAGCCGUGCAAAAGAUCGAUGAACCUCGCAUGCAAUUCUUUGAUCAAUUCAUGCGUCAGGACGGGUUUGGAGGAGUGGAGGAUGCGCCUUCAGACGGGGUGACUGCGAGGCCGCGGAAACGCCCUGGUGCUGGCGGCGGCCAUAGACAGCCUGCCAAGCUGGAUGCAGUAUAUCGAAAGAAGCCUGGGACAUGGGAUUAUCGCGAUCCGACUAGAAGCCAGCCAGUUCUGGGGAAAGCUGCGCGCGAAGAUCCAGGCGAUUACAAUAACGAGGAUACGGAAGGCGGUAAGGAGAUGACAAACGAUGCUGUGGAGGUGGCGCAUUCGGGACAAUCCGCUGAUGCAUGUGUCGAUCUUGUUCCACAGUCAGAAGCAGCCGAGGCUGUACUAAAGGCGAUGGAAGCAUUUGCUAGGCUUUCCACGUGGUGAGUGAGCACGGCAGAUCUUCCAGUACCCAGAGAUGUAGUGUUUAGAGAUCUUCAAUUGUAUUUCGAAUAGUCCAUGAGCUCGG